AUGGACUCCAAGCCUAAAUGUACUCACCAUCCAAAGGACGCUGAUUUCUAUUGUCGAACUCCUGACUUCCCCUAUAAAAGUGAGCAAAUCAUUGGAAAAAUCCCUAUUAGGGUAAAUUAACCCACUAUAAGAGUCUAAGAAAAAAAUUAAUAUUAAUAAUUUUUUCCAAAUAUUUUUAUAUAUAUUUAAUAUGUUUUUUUUUAUAAGCUAAUUCUAUUAAAAUCUAGGUUGCUUCCAUUUUAAGAUUGCAGAUUAGAAAAAAAAUUAUAUAUAUUAUUUUUUUUAAAAAAAACAUUAAACCUCCUUCAGAGCAGCUAAAUAUUACUCUAUCUUAAAAAGGAUGGGGGUAAGUGUAUGUAUGGCUACUGUGUAGGCUGUGGAAUGAACCACUUAGGGCACGAUUACCUCAAAAUAGAUGACCCUUCCCUCCCAAGCAUCCUUUCCUGCGAUAUCUCCGUAUUUCUCCUAAACCAACAAAAAAUCUAUGACCAAAGCUACAAAGAGCACGAAUCUAUAGAGCUGAACCUGCGCCAAAUCCAAAAUGAGGUAAGCCAGGUUAUAAUGGACAUCGAAGGGUAUUUUGUUGAUUUAAUGGAGUCCUUAAAAGCUAGAGAAAUCGAACUUAUAAGGGAAGCAUCCUCCAAAGGCAUGAUUAUUGAAGCAGAAAUUCGAGAAGAUCUUGAAGAAUGCGAAAAAGUGAUGAAAACUCAAAAAAAUAUUCUCGAUAGCUUAACUCAGCUAAAAAUCAGCUUUGACUCAUUAGAUUUUACUGAAAAAAUUGAAAAAACUUAUGAUUUGCAUACAAAAUAUGCAGUCCCUCCUCCUCACAAGCAAAAUAGAUUUUAUUCUUUUCAUGCAGGGUUUGAUUAUGACCCUUUUUUUAAGGACGAAUUUCAGAGUAUAGGAAGAAUCCAUACUAGGCAGGACGAAUUUAAUGGCUACAUACAAAAAUCUUUUAAUUUCUUCAAAGAAUUUGCAAAAGACAUUUAUAAGUAUGAUAUAACUCACCAAGCUUGGGAAAUCAACCCUAAUGUGAGUAUGCCGAGGCUUCAUCACUUUAAUGUUGUUUACGCUAAAGAUAGAGAUGAAUACCUUAUGGUCGGCUGCACAGCGAAUCAAAGUAAACUUAUCAAAUAUUAUGCCAGUCAAGACAAAAUUGAACAAUUUGACCUUGGCUUUGAAUACCCUCAAUGAAGGGUAAUCAUGAAAAAACUCCAAUGGGUAAAGAAUUAUUUUAUAAAAAUAUCAACGGAAAUACUGAAUUUUUAUAAGGUAAAAAUUUUAUUACACCCCUCAAUGAAGCUUUUCCUGCUAUUAUUGAGGAAAACUAUUUUUAUUAGGAGGUGAAAUUAACGAUUCCAGCACACAAAUAUGUAAAUCUUAUACACCAAGGAACAAUACAUGGUCUAAUAUAGCAGAUCUUAUUAUCGCGCGGGAUUCAUCAUCAGUUAUAGGGUUUGAAAAUAAAUAUUUAUAUGUCUUUGGAGGAUAUUCUAAUGGAAUUUCGUUAAAAUCAAUUGAAAGAUAUCAUAAAGAUGCUUUGAGAUGGGAACUAAUGCAUGUGCAGAUGCCGGUGCCCCUAGCGUUUAUUUCACUUGUGAGUACAGGGAUUGAUAUGGUUUUAUUUGGAGGAGAGUGCAAUGAAAGGAGCUCUGACCAAGUUUUUAAGUGAAAUGGCUAUAAUGGGUUUAUAGAGUGUCCUAGGCUUUCUGCGCCAUUUACAUGUGGAGGAUCUGAUAUUGUGGUCUUCGUGGCAGGGAAUGUUUACAUUAUUAGAGCUGAUGAUUCUGAUUUCCCUACAGCUGAAAUUUACCCAAUUAGCAAUAUUAAUUUUAAUUCAGCAGACAAUAUGUAA